AUGAGUGUGGAGCCAAAGAAAAUGGCCUCUUACGGCCAGGAGAAAAUGUUAACAUCACCAGAACAGCAGGCAUUGAUCAAUGAGGUGAGAAGGUUAAUUGGGCCACAGUCUGGUAAGGCAUCCAUUUUUUGUUCUGAUGCCUGCAUCUCGAGGUAUUUAAGGGCUCGGAAUUGGAAUGUCAAGAAAGCAGCUAAAAUGUUGAAACUGACCCUCAAAUGGAGAGAAGAAAACAAACCGGAAGAAAUCCGUUGGGAAGAUGUUGCUCAUGAAGCAGAGACAGGAAAAAUAUACAGAUCCAAUUAUAUUGACAAGCAAGGGCGAACUGUCCUAGUAAUGAGACCUGGUCGACAGAACUCAAAGUCAACUAAAGGACAAAUUAAAUAUUUGGUAUACUGCAUGGAGAAUGCUAUUGUUAAUCUUCCACCAGAACAAGAACAAAUGGUCUGGUUGAUUGAUUUCCAGGGUUUCAAUAUGUCACAUAUAUCAAUCAAGGUUACGCGUGAAACUGCCCAUGUAUUACAAGAACAUUAUCCUGAACGCCUGGGUCUUGCAAUACUUUACAACGCACCUAAGUUCUUUGAGCCAUUUUUCAUGAUGGUAAAGCCGAUAUUAGAGCUUAAGACUUAUAAUAAAGUCAAGUUCGCAUACUCUGACGAUCAGAACACCAAGAAGAUUAUGGAGGAUUUGUUUGAUUUUGACCAACUUGAAUCUGCAUUUGGUGGAAAAGAUGAUACAGGAUUUGACAUAAAUAAAUAUGCUGAUAGAAUGAAAGAGGAUGACAAGAAGAUUCCUGCUUUCUGGAGUAGGGAAAACUCUCCAUCAUCAGUUCCAAAUCAUGUUCCUUCUUUAGAUUCUACUAGGUUAGAGUCAGAUACUGAUGCUUCGGACAAUGAGAAACUAAACUCUUCCCCUGACCCCGAGGUGGACACAGGUAUCAUUAACCCGGGCCAGAAAAGCUUGGUUAAUGAAGGAGAAAGAAAUAUCAGUGCAGAUUAA